AUGCAGACAACAGAGGCAAGGGCGAACAGCCAGGCAGACACUACAGAUACAACGGCAGACAGCCAGGCAGACACUACAGAUACAACGGCAGACAGCCAGGCUGACACUACAGAUACAACGGCAGACAGCCAGGCAGACACUACAGAUACAACGGCAGACAGCCAGGCAGACACUACAGAUACAACGGCAGACAGCCAGGCUGACACUACAGAUACAACGGCAGACAGUCAGGCAGACACUACAGAUACAACGGCAGACAGCCAGGCUGACACUACAGAUACAACGGCAGACAGUCAGGCAGACACUACAGAUACAACGGCAGACAGUCAGGCAGACACUACAGAUACAACGGCAGACAGUCAGGCAGACACUACAGAUACAACGGCAGACAGUCAGGCAGACACUACAGAUACAACGGCAGACAGUCAGGCAGACACUACAGAUACAACGGCAGACAGCCAGGCUGACACUACAGAUGCAACGGCAGACAGCCAGGCUGACACUACAGAUACAACGGCAGACAGUCAGGCUGACACUACAGAUACAACGGCAGACAGCCAGGCUGACACUACAGAUACAACGGCAGACAGUCAGGCUGACACUACAGAUACAACGGCAGACAGUCAGGCAGACACUACAGAUACAACGGCAGACAGUCAGGCUGACACUACAGAUACAACGGCAGACAGCCAGGCUGACACUACAGAUACAACGGCAGACAGUCAGGCUGACACUACAGAUACAACGGCAGACAGUCAGGCAGACACUACAGAUACAACGGCAGACAGUCAGGCUGACACUACAGAUACAACGGCAGACAGUCAGGCUGACACUACACAUACAACGGCAGACAGCCAGGCAGACACUACAGAUACAACGGCAGACAGCCAGGCAGACACUACAGAUACAACGGCAGACAGUCAGGCUGACACUACAGAUACAACGGCAGACAGUCAGGCUGACACUACACAUACAACGGCAGACACAAACAGCAGCUAUGUGGCAACAUAUACAGCGACAAACACAAACUUUCAAUACAUACCAAGAGACAUAGGCACCAGAAACCAAGACACUUACAAGCAGAUAACACAAAGACAAGCAGGCAACAGAAAGACAAGCAGGCAACAGAAAGACAAGCAGAUAACACAAAGACAAGCAGGCAACAGAAAGAAAAGUCUAGUACUAAACAGAAAAGAACAGACACAAAGAAGCAACAGAAACAGAUACAGCAAACAUAUUCCAGAGACCCCACUGCAAUGCUAA